AUGCACGAAACCAAAGUCAAACUGAACAAUAACGGAUUUAAUAAUGGAAUCGCAAAUUUAGGAAACGCCGAUUAUACUCUAGCACACGGAUCAUGCGUAUAUUUUUCACCCAAUUUAACUUAG